AUGAAUGCCUUUUUUGAUGGCUAUGUUCAUGCUAAGACAAACUUGAAAGAGUUUGUCGAUCAAUAUGAUAAUGCCUUGAAAAAGAAAAUUGAGAACGAAAAUGUAGCGGACUUCCCCUCAUUUAAUGUCACAAUUCCCUGCAUCUCUAUAUCUCCAAUUGAAAAGAGAUAUCAAGAUUUGUACACCAAUGGGAAGUUUAGAGAAGUUCAGCAACAACUUGCCCGCGUCAUCGACUUGGACCUAGUUUUACUCAAGGUGGACGGUACAGUAAAGACCUAUGUAGUAGAGGAUGAAGUUUGUCUCGAAGAGUUCAUGAAGUUGGUUACACAUUCAGUCCAGUUUAGUCAGGAAGAUACAGGUGCUGCAAAGUGUUCUUGUGGUUUAUUUGAAAUGAGGGGGAUAGUGUGCCGGCACAUCUUCGCUAUUUUCAAAUGUAACGGGGUUAAAUCAUUGCCAGAUAGGUACAUUUUGGAUCGAUGGAGGAAGGACAUCAAAAGAAGAUACAUGUUAAUCCAUAGCAGCUACGACACAGUACAUCAACGGGAGGAUUCUAUUGCUUAUUCUAGUCUUUUGAACAUCUGUUAUAAGAUAAUUACUCAUGCUGCGGGUUCGAGAGAACAUACUUUGGAUGCAAUUAAUAAGUUGCAUGCAAUGAUUGACCUCUAUUUUGGCAAUUUGGAUCCCACAGCACAUGCAAGUGAUACCGCAAAUGUUAUAGCAACUGUUGGUUCUUCAAAACAAGUUCUCAGUCCACAUAUUGUCAGAGGGAAAUGGAGACCCCUAUCUCUGAGGAGAGCAUCCAGGAUGGAGAGAGACUUGCGAAAAGUUAAAGAGAAGACCAAGCAAGCGUAG